CAAACCAACAGUCAUUACUGAUUUUGAUUUUGCUUUUGCUUCUAAACACUGCAUCUCUGCUCUCUGUUAUCUUCCUCGCUAAUUCUCCUACAUCGAUUUCUAAAAUGGCAGCUUCAAGCAGCGUAGUGUUGUUGAUGAUGCUUACUGCAUUUUUCAUGUGCUCUGUAAUGGCGCAAUCUCCAACUCCGGGUCCCUCUCCAUCUCCUCUCGUCAAACGACCUGUCUCUGCGCCGUCUCCGUCGAAGACAUCAGCACCGAAGUCUGCUCCAUCUCCGGCGACUGUUCAUUCCCCUCCUUCUCCUCCUCCUUCCACCUCGGCUUCUCCUUCACCAGCGAGCGCACCUUCACCGACCUCAUCAAUCUCUAUGCCGCCCUCUCUGGCUCCCGGACCAGCUGAGAACGGUGCCGUUGCAAACACGUUCACAGUUGCCGGAUCUGUUGCCGUUGCAGUAGUUGCCGUUGUUUUGGCCAUAUAGAAUCAAUGGUGAAAAUGAAUCGUUUGUUUCACAUUUGCGCUCUGUCCUGAUGAGUGAUUUAUCCGUGUAAUUUUUUUCUUUCCAUUUUUAAAUUUCUAGGACGAUCUAUGUAUUCUUUAUAAUAUGUAACUUUUCAUACAUCACAUCUAAUAUUUUGUAUAGUAAUCUGCUUCCUAUCAUAUAUCUCUUCCGAUUCCACGGUUAAUUUACAACAAAUAUGAAUUUAUACAAUAAUUUAAAAUUGGAUUGAA